UCUCGCCUUCUCCACUCGCACCGAGCUCAAACCCCUAGCCCAACCUAGGGUUUCCGCCUCCGGAAUGCUCCCUUGCUGACCCUCCACCUCCCAUGGCGCUGACGUCCUUAUCCCUGCAAUGACCACGGACGCAGGCCGCAUCUUCUUCUUCCGCAAGCGCCACCGCCUGGCUGACGACGACCACUUCCCCCGCCCCAAGCACCGCCGCCUCCACGAACCCAGAUUCCUCUUCGACGCCGUACCCUGCUGCCUCUUACGGCGCCCGCCCAUCCCACCGGAGGCAGGGGUUUCCGCGUUCGACAUGGGGAACUUCCUCUCCAAUGCCUGUCCGGGCUGCAUGCCCAAAGACGGCGCCCUGGGGAUGUACCGGGACUGGACAGAUGCGUCAAAGGACGCGCGGGAUCUCACAGUGGCCACCAGGGACGGUGUGGGGUUAGGGCACGGCGUGCUGAGCCGGAGGAUCUUGGACCCGAGGAAGGCCGCCUUGCAGGCGGUGGUGCCUCCGUGGGAGAAGAGGGAACCACACUACAAGGAUGCUCUCAAGAAAGCAAGAUUGCCCGAUAAGAGGUUGGGAGAGCUCGAGGCGGAAGCGAGGCUUCAAAAAGAGAAACUCGAUGAGCUGCGGAAGCCCAAGGAGGAUCUGUCUCAAUUCUUAUUACCUCUAACUGCUGAAGAUGAAGAGGUAGUUCAUGAUUGUUUGUAUGGUAGUGGUUCAAGUAACCAAGUCCUGGUGCUACAUGAAUCGUCUAACAUUGAGAUUAGCAAAGAAAAAAUCCGGUGCUUGCGGCCUCAUGGCUGGUUAAAUGACGAGGUCAUUAAUUUGUUCCUUGAAUUGUUAAAGGAGAGGGGACUAAGAGAACCCAAAAGGUCUUUGAAAUGCCAUUUCUUCAACACAUUUUUUUAUAAGAAGCUUGCUUGUGGAAAAAAUGGAUAUGACUACAAAUCUGUUAAAAGAUGGACUACCCACAGGAAGUUGGGUUAUGAGCUCAUUGAGUGUGAUAAAAUCUUUGUACCUGUACAUCAACGUGUACAUUGGUGUUUAGCAAUUAUAAAUAUGAAGGCAAAGACUUUACAGUAUCUUGAUUCUCUUGGUGGCAAUGAUCCUCGUGUACCAGAAAUGCUGGCCAGAUAUAUUGUGGAGGAAGUGAAGGACAAGAGUAAUAAAGAGAUUGACAUAAAUUCGUGGACUAAAGAAGUAGUUGAUUAUGUCCCGUUACAACAGAAUGGGUAUGAUUGUGGUAUGUUUAUGCUCAAGUACAUGGAUUUCCUCAGCAGAGGCGCCAGCUUAUCUUUUGGCCAGGAACACAUGGAAUACUUCCGGAAGAGAACAGUGAAGGAAAUCAUAAAACUAAGAGCUGACUAAGUUUCCUAUUUGGAAAAAGUUCUGAUGAAGUUUUGCUCUAGAAGAACUGGGCCUUCACUCGUUGCUGUCAAAGAUAGAAGUUGUCCGUUCACCAUGAGAAAGUGAAUACUUCUUUUGGUUUGCGAACUCAAACUAGUGUGAUAGAAGGACGCAAAUGCCAAUGGAGAAUUUGAUUGGCAUGUGAAAAAAAGAGGGAAAAGAAAAUUGUGAAUUGGGUUGAGCAAAAAACGCAACUUAGAGAUGCACCGCUGGAGAUUCCCCUUUUGUUAGCUCGAUUAAUUAGUUCCGAAGUUAGAAAUGGUAUUUUGUGAUAGCUCGCCGAUUGGUGAUAAAUUGUAAAUUCUGCGUACAUAGACUUUCUAUGCUGAUUCAGUGUAGUGGCAUUUGUAUAUUUGAUGGUCUUAUGCUGAUUCAGUGUAGUGGCAUUUGUAUAUUUGAUGGUCUUAUGCUGAUUCAGUGUAGUGGCAUUUGUAUAUUUGAUGGUCGUACUCAUCCACCGAGGUUUGAUUGGACAGCUUCA